CCCACCUACACAGCCGAGACACGACAUGAGCGACGAGGAGCGCAAGCCUCCCGCCCGCGGCGGAUUCACGCUGGACGGCCGUCCCGUGGAGGACGCGCUGCCCGAGAACUGGGGGCGGCCUGAGCGGCGCGAAGGCCGCAUCGGCGAGUGGGGCGGGAGCUCUCCGCGCCACUCGCCGAAGAAGGACGGCGCCGAGUCAUACAUUGGCGGCGAGAAGAGUGGUUUGGCGGUGCAGAACCCCGACCAGGGGCGCGGCGAGGGCGGCGAGGAGGGUAUCGUGUCGGAUAUUCUGCGGCAGGCCGCGAGCCACGGGCCGGCGGAGGAGCCGCGUCCACAGCAUCCUUGGGGCCGGCUGGGGCACACGCUGGGUUCGGACGAGGUGGACUCUGUGCAGGUCGGCGAGGGCGAGGAGGAACACGGGGAGACGCAGACGCGCACCCUCACCUUCUGGGCGGACGGUUUCAGCAUCGAGGAUGGGCCGCUGCACGCGUACGAUGCGCCGGGCAACCGCGAGCUCCUGCAGGCUAUCCAGGCGGGUCGGGCGCCUAUGAGUUUGUUCGACGUACGCUUCGACCAGCCGCUCCAGAUUGUCGUGCAGCAGCGCACGGGAGAGAAGUACGCUCCGCCGCCCAAGGUGUUCCGCUCGUUCGGGGGCGAGGGCAACCGUCUUGGCUCCAUCACUCCCGAGAUCUCGGGUGCCAACACCCCCGUCAACGCCACCAGCCCCGUCCCCGGCUCCUUCUCCUCCUUCCCCUCUGCUGCGUCUGCAGCUCCUUCUGCAUCCAAGCAGGAUGCCAAGAUUGAGGUCGAUGCGUCCAAGCCCACGACAAACGUGCAAGUUCGUCUUGCCGAUGGGUCUCGCCUCGUUGUCCGCGUCAACCUCACGCAUACCGUUGGUGAUCUCCGCAACUACAUUGACGCGGCGCGCCCCACCGACCGCGAGUACAUCCUCCAGACGACGUUCCCGCCGCGCGAGCUGCCAGACAACGAGACGGUGGAGCAAGCUAAGCUGCAGAACGCUGUCGUCAUUCAGCGCCUCAAGUAGGGUGUGCAUCACGUCGUUUUUCCUCUGUACAUCACAGCAUCACACCAGACACUUGUUGAUAUCCUUCAUGCUCCACACAGUCGAUGCUACAUAUACGCCCCGCCGCGACC